AUGUCCGCACCCGCCGCUGCAUCCUCCCCAACCCCCAAGGGCAAAGCGGAGCUCAGGAUCCUCAUGCUGCACGGGUACACGCAGUCCGGCGCAUCCUUCUCCUCCAAGACCAAAGCCCUCGCCAAGCUCCUCGCCAAGGCCCUCUCCCCGGCCCCCUACAACCUGCACCCGUCCUUCCUCUUCCCCACUGCCCCGCACCGCCUUCGCCCCUCCGAUAUCCCCGGCUACGUGCCCCCGGAGGGAGCCGAAGCGGGAGCCGAAGCAGCCGACGAAGAAUCCGACAGCUGGGCUUGGUUCCGCAAGGACGACGCCACCGGCUCCUACCGCGGCUUCGAGGCCGGCAUGCACGCCAUCGCCAAAGCGAUCGCCGACGCGGGCGGCGUCGACGGCGUGUGCGGGUUCAGCCAAGGCGGCGCGGUAGCCGCGCUCGUAGCCGCAGCGCUGGAACACCCAUACCGGGAUCCGCCAUCCGCGUCCCCAUCCCCAUCCCCAUCCUCAGAAGCAGAAGAAGCAGCCGACUGGUCCUGGGUAUCCGCGCUCCGCGCAGCCAACGCCAACAAGCCGCUGCGCUUCUGCGUGGUGUACUCGGGGUUCUACGCGCCGCCGGCGUCGCUAGCGUGGCUGUACGCGCCGCCGAUCGCGACGCCGACGCUGCACUUCCUCGGCAGCCUGGACACGGUGGUGGAGGAGAGCCGGAGCCGGGGGCUCGUGGAGCGGUGCAAGGACCCGGCCGUCGUCGUGCACCCGGGCGGACACUACGUGCCUGUCGCUAGGGACUGGGCCAUGGCCCUGGUCGGCUGGUUGAGGCAGCGGUAUGAUGAACCGGAGGCGGCGGGUAAGCAGUUGCUGUGA